AUGUCACGAGGAAGUUCACCUAUAAUACAAAUUUUGAUCUACACAAAGCCUAAACAGCUAAUUGGAGAGACACCUUUUACUGUGUCAUGGCUCCUAAUCCUCCUCGCCCCGAAGAAAUUCCAGAGAUUUGCAGAGAUGUUUUGAUCAAAUACACGGAUUAUGUGAUGAAACUGGGGAUUACUCUAUAUGAGCUACUCUCUGAAGCUCUAGGACUCAACCCGAAUCACUUGAAAGACAUAAAAUGUGCGGAGGGGCUACUCGUAGUUGGCCAUUAUUAUCCAGCAUGUCCUGAACCAGAUUUCACUUUAGGCCUUAGCGGUCACACAGAUAGCGGCUUCUUGACUAUUGUAUUACAGGAUCAAAUUGGCGGACUCCAAGUUUUUCACAAAAAUCAAUGGGUUGAUGUUGCUUUCAUGCCUGGAGCUCUAAUUGUGAACAUUGGAGACUUAAUGCAGCUGAUCACAAACGAUAAGUUCAGAAGCGUUCUUCACAGAGUGCUAGCGAAAAAUAUAGGACCAAGAAUUUCAGUGGCGAGUCUUUUCAGAAUGCAUUUUCAAGAAGGAAGUGAAUCGAGAUUAUAUGGCCCAAUCAAGGAGUUGUUAUCAGACGAAAAUCCUCCAAUGUACCGAGAAACAAGCAGAAACGAGUAUGUCACUUAUUUAUACAACAAAGGGCUAGAUGGAGCUUCUUUAUUGUCACAUUUCAAAUUACAAAAAGAGUGACGGGAUCUGCAGAAUUGUUCAUCAUCUUAACAGUGUUUCACUGCUUCGCUAUGGUUUUCUGCUCGUGUGUUCAAUUAAGUAUUCUUAUACCAGUUGUACAUGUAUCUUUUAACAAUUAAAUAAGUACCUCAAGUACUGUUUAUCUAAAGAAAUUGAGAACAGUGGUUUCUUGAACACAAAAUAGGUGUUAUAAAACCAUGUUAUGUAUUCUUGAGUAUA